AUGACUUCCUCUGUAUCAAAAGGUCGCGAAUUAGAAGUAGCAGUUGUCAACAAAUUAAGGGAUGCGGGGAUUGAGUGCGAGCAUAUUGGUGGGCCGGGCGACAUGGGAAUCGAUAUUAAAGGAGUUGCCUGCGGCAUCCCAUUUGUUGUUCAAUGUAAAAAUUGGAGAAAGAAUAUAG